CCGGGCCGGGCGGCGGCGCCGCAGUGACUCGCUGGGCCCGGCAGCGGCGGCCGCUUCCGAGGUUCCGGAGAAGCGGACUGGGUGACCGGCGGGUCCCUGCGGCCUCCAGCGACCUUUGUGCAGCGCCCCCCACUCCUCGGGCGGCUGCAGUGGGCACACCCGGGGGCGGCGGCCACCGCGGACAGGUUAGCGUGGGGGAAGGGGCGAGCGUCGGAGUAGCCCAUCUCCAGCACCGGAGUACGAGCCGGCCCAUCUCCCACCAUGUCCGACGAGACGUCGGCCACCACUUCCUAUGAGAAGUUUCUAACCCCAGAGGAACCCUUCCCGCUCCUAGGAGCCCCUCGUGGGGUGGGCACCUGCCCCAGCGAGGAACCCGGCUGCCUGGACAUCAGCGACUUCGGCUGCCAGCUGUCCUCCUGCCAUCGCACGGAUCCGCUCCACCGGUUUCAUACCAACAGGUGGAACCUAACUUCUUGUGGAACAAGUGUCGCAAGCUCGGAAUGUAGUGAGGAGUUGUUUUCGUCCGUUUCCGUGGGGGAUCAAGAUGAUUGCUAUUCGCUGUUGGAUGAUCAAGACUUCACUUCUUUUGACCUCUUCCCCGAGGGAAGUGUCUGCAGUGAUGUCUCCUCGUCUAUCAGCACUUACUGGGAUUGGUCAGACAGCGAAUUUGAGUGGCAGUUACCAGGCAGUGACAUUGCCAGUGGAAGUGAUGUACUUUCUGACGUCAUACCCAGUAUCCCCAGUUCACCUUGCCUGCUUCCUAAAAGGAAGAACAAGCAUCGGAAUCUCGAUGAACUUGCUUGGAGUGCGAUGACAAAUGAUGAGCAGGUGGAAUAUAUUGAGUAUCUGAGCCGUAAAGUCAGUACUGAGAUGGGCCUUCGGGAGCAACUUGAUAUUAUUAAAAUCAUUGAUCCUUCUGCUCAGAUCUCCCCUACUGACAGUGAGUUCAUUAUUGAACUUAACUGUCUCACAGAUGAAAAACUGAAGCAGGUCAGAAACUAUAUCAAGGAGCAUAGCCCUCGUCAGCGGCCUACAAGGGAGGCCUGGAAGAGAAGCAACUUUAGCUGUGCAAGCACCAGUGGCGUGAGCGGUGCCAGCGCCAGCAGCAGCAGUGCCAGCAUGGUCAGUUCUGCAAGCAGCAGUGGGUCCAGUGUUGGAAACUCUGCUUCAAACUCCAGUGCCAACAUGAGUCGAGCACACAGCGACAGCAACCUGUCUGCAAGUGCAGCAGAGCGGAUUCGGGAUUCAAAAAAGCGAUCCAAGCAGCGAAAGCUACAGCAGAAGGCCUUCCGCAAGAGGCAGCUGAAGGAGCAGAGGCAGGCCCGGAAGGAGAGGCUCAGUGGGCUCUUCCUCAAUGAAGAGGUGCUGUCCUUGAAAGUGACUGAGGAAGACCACGAAGCAGAUGUUGAUGUUUUAAUGUAAUCUAUCAGCAGUCUUCUUAGCAUUGUUCUGUUCUCAUUGGCUUACAUGCAUCUUGACCAGAAGUUUGGUUAGGGUUGUGCUGAUGUACCAUUAAUCAUUUAGGCCAGUGGUUAGCAGAGGGCAGUCCCAGUACCUGCAGCUUCAGCAUCACCUGAAAAGAUGUUAGAAUUGCAUUUGAGCCCCAUUCCAGACCCAUAGGCCGUGUGGAUUUGGGGCAGCACUGUGUUUUAACCAAUGCCAGAUUAUUCUCAUGCACAUUCUGAUUUAAGAACCACUGGUAAAUGUCUUAACUAUUUUAACUUUGUGGUAAUCAAGUGGACUUUUCAAAGACUAGUACAUUUGCAGUUUUGGGGAUGUCAAUGUAUAGAUGACAGGUAGUUUGUCACUAUGUGUAGCAUCUGUAAUUCAGUUCCCUUCUUAAUGAUAACAUUUCUUAGUUUAAUUUUUCAAGAGGGCCAUAAUAUAAUUAUCAGUUCCUAGGGGCAAAUCUCCUUUAGGUGAGGGUGCGUAUAAGUCAUGCAUUGCUGUUUACAAUAGUGCCUUCAUUAGUUCCGAUUUCAUUAAUUAUUAAUACAAAGGUAUAAACAAAGGCCCUAAUCUUUUUCAGUUAUAUGUGGGGUAUUUUUUUGUCUUUCUAUACUUUAUGUCAAGUGAGAAUCACUUCUGCAAGUAAUAACUACUAAGAAAAUAAUGGCUACACUAGCAAAAUUUUAGACUUAAUGCCUUAUUGAUUAAUUUUCAAAUGGAGAUUCCAACUCAACAGUGGUAGCAUAUCAAACUUUCCCAUUGCAUCCUUACAUUUUAGGCUGUUAGGUAAUCUCCAAACUGUAUCAUUUAUCUAUUGCUCUCUAUCAGAAAACACCCAAAUUGUUAUGCAGAACAUCUCCAAUGUUAUACAUUUCAUUUGCCAGCUGGCAGGCAUGUCAACAGGCUAAUGUCCCUUAACUUCGAAACCACUUAGAGUUCUACCAACCUUCAGAAAGCACUGGGAGUGGGGUAUAGACAGCACCUUUGUGGGUUCCUGAUAGGACUCUACGUCUAAAUGGGAAAUCAUGGAGUUUCUUUAAUGUUUUCAAAGAAUUCAUGAUCAUGAACUUAGAAAUAGUCUGAUUCCUUUACCACAUGUGUUCGGGCAUUCACAUGGGCUAGAGAAGAUGGAAACAGAGACUGACAGGUGACUUGCUUUCUGACUUUCAUUUUUAUGACAGCAUUUGGAAGGCAAGCUGAUUGAGUAAUCGAUGUUUCGAAAAGACUACAGAGUUCAGAGGUUGAUAGGCUCUCAACAGUAUUUAAGUUUAGUUCUUCAAAAAGAUUGACAACUUAAAUUUCCUUCAUUUUCAGUUGGUAUAAGGGCUUAAAUUUGAAUAAAUUAAAGGUGAAGAUUUAAUCCUGGUGUGUUAGAACACACUUUUAAUCUAAGCAUUCAGGAAGCUGAGCUGGGAUAACAAGUUCAAAGCCAGCCUGGGCUGCAUAGUGCUACUGAAAUUUUGUAUACCUUUAAAAGUUUUAUUUUGCUUCCUUGAAGGCUAACGAAUUGAAACUGAGAGUAAAGAUUCGUGCUUGCAGCACUGCUGAGGUCUGUGCUCCGGCCUCCUCAAGUGAAAGGAUGGCUGUGUGCUUUCAGCUCGAGGAAUAGUUGUGAUUUCCUCCCGUCUCCUUCGGUACUCCAGUCUAGUUUAGAGAGACCGAAGAGAUCUCAGGGUCAGACCCUGGAAUAAUUGAGGAAACGUGUGCUCUGUUUUCCCUUCCAAGCACAGAAAUGGAACAGAGAAGAGAAGCAAAUGCAUCUAAACCGGCUGCCUUCCCUUAGUAGCAAAUCGCACCGAGGAGUUUCUGCGUGCUCUUCCUGUCCUCUAAGGAAGAUGGGUAACCCUGAGAUGCAGAGCAGCAUUUAUCCGUCACACAGUUGCCAACUGUUGAUUUGAGGAAAAUGCAAAACCGGUUCAGGAUAUAAUUUUAAGACCAAUUUCUCUAUCCUCCCAAGAAUCAUGUAGUCCUCUUAACUUAGAUUUAACUUAAGUCACUAUUGAAUAAGUUUACCAAAGUGCCAUUGGCAGAUUUUUAAUGUCUAUAAAAGUUUGCAUAUUUAUAGAAAUAUGUCAUAAGAUUUUGUGUGAGUCUAUUCACUCUAUACAUUAGAACCAGAAUAUAAACUCUAUUUGGAGUAAAUUGAAAAUACUACUUUCAUUUAAAAGCAAAAAGUAGAACUCUUGGACUUGUUUAUGAUUUAAGAGAUAGAGAUUAAAGUCUUUCUUUUUCCUUCCAAAAUAGAAGCGAUAUCACAAAAAGGCUGUUUUCUGUCAGGACGUUUCAUGUGGCUGAGAGAGAAUUGCUGGAAUGGGUGGUGAUUUAUUAAAUCUGCUAUCUCUGUAGGGUAUAUUUAAAACAAAUUCAAGUCAGGAUCUCUUCUUUCAUUUUCAAUGGAAAGCCUACAUAAUCAGUUAAUUAAAAGGCAAAUCAGGGAAAUGCAAAUCCAAGCUGUUGAGAGUCUAUCUCAUUCCAGUCAGAACAGCUAUCAUCCAGGAUACCAAAAGCAAAUACUGGUGAGAGUAGAGGCCGGGGUGGGGGGAGGUAGGAAGGAAUCUGUAUAUGCUGCUGGUGAGAAUACAAAACUGCUGUACCAGCGGAAAUCAAUAUGGAAGUUCUGUUUUUAAAAAAAUUACAAGUGGAACUAUAUUAUCCAGCUGUACCAUUCCUGAGUGUGCUCAAAGUAAAUGAACUCAGCAUAUGGCAGGAAUACUUCUGUUUCCAUGUUUCUCACAGUGUUGUUCCCAGUAACCAGUAAAUAGAUUCUUAUCAGCAGAUGAAUAAAGAAAAUGUGACACAUACCCAGAGCAUAGUUGUAUUUAGCCAUAAAGAAGACUGCAAUUAUGUCAUUUGCAAGAAAACGGAUGGAACUAGAUGGAGAUCGUCACGUUAAACAAAGUAAGGCAGACUCAGAAAGACAAACAUUGUGGGUUUUUUUUUUACAUGUGAAAUCUAGAUUUAAUAAAAUGCAAAUUAAGAAAUUAGAAGGGGACACUAUUUGGGAAGGGGAAAGGAUCUAGUAAAAAAAGAACAGGGGGCCAAAAGAUGGUAGGUAAAUAUGAUCAAAGUAGAUUAUAAAUAUGUAUGGAUAAAUUGGUGAAUGAAUGAGAAGUCUCGAAUUUGCUCCAAUGUUGGUUAACUUCUGUACAAAGCUGAUGGUGGAGUGAAUAAGUCUCCUCUUUACAGGUUUAUCCAGACUUUAUUAGAGAUCUUGGAAGACUAUCUCAGUCCUUAUUACUGCUUUUAAAAGUGCGAGCAGUGAGUUAAGCCAAAUGGCAUGUAUUUUUAUACAGUUUCACAAAUGAUUAAAGGAAGGUGGUGUUCUAGAAUGCAGUUGGUUGUAACGGGCUGGUUUAUUCUGCCUUACCAAGAACAUAGAGUAAAAUGAAACUUUUUCUUCAUUCUUUGGUAGAUAGUGGCAGCUUUAUUGAGUUCCUCUGUUUUGUGGGUAAGUUAGAUAUUGCUGAAUUAAAUCCCAAAAGCUGACUUAUCAAAUAAUGACCCAUAGUGUGCAUAGACAUCUCAUUUUUUAGCUUUUUAAAAGUGGUAAAUUCCCUCAAAAAGAAAAAUUAUAAGAAAUUAUUGUAUAAAGGUAUCCAGAUUCUGAUGAGCUUUAAAAAUUGUAAAAUUUAUUGUAUAUCUUCAUAUUUAAGCCAAAAAUGUUACUACAUAAACUCUAUAGUAGUCUUGUUUGUUUUGGGUUCUCGUAGCAGACUUUUUUUUUCAUGGCUUCUCUGUAGCCUCAUGUGCCUUAAAGGUGGUGAACUUUGACAUUUUCAUCAAUAUCAGGCUUUUCCAAACUCAAAUAUCAGAAUGUUAUAAUUUGGUUCAUGUAAUGCUCAUGGUGUUUGGAUAUUAGUAAGCAAAACUUACCAAUAGUAGUAGUCAUAGAGUAUCAAAUGAGAUAAAAAAAAAAACUUCAGAUUUUAGACACGAUUGCGUAAAACUAGUUUU